UUUUUUUGUUUUUUAUGUGUGAGCUUCAGACUCAGCGGAGAAACAGUAACCGUCCAGCACUCAAGACACCACGGCUGCCGCACCGGAACACUUACCGGGUUAUAACCGCGUCAUAACAACCCGCAGAGAUGCCGUCCGAUAGACCCUUCAAACAGAGGAGGACGUUCGUUGACCGAUGCAAAGAGGUCCAGCAGAUCCGUGAGCAGCACCCCAACAAGAUACCUGUCAUCAUCGAGCGCUACAAGGGAGAGAAGCAGCUGCCCGUUUUAGACAAGACCAAGUUCCUGGUACCCGACCACGUCAACAUGAGCGAGCUGGUCAAGAUCAUCAGACGCCGGCUGCAGCUGAACCCCACGCAGGCGUUCUUCCUGCUGGUGAACCAGCACAGCAUGGUGUCCGUGUCCACGCCCAUCUCUGAGAUCUACGAGCAGGAGCGAGACGAGGACGGCUUCCUCUACAUGGUCUACGCGUCGCAGGAGACGUUCGGCUGUUAGGGAGGGAUGGAGGGUGGCGGUUGAGCAGGGAGGGGGAGGGGCAGGGGGAGGGAUCAGCAGAGAACUGACCACAACCCACUCAACUCCGUGAUCCUCCCUGUUCCAUUGAAGUAGCUCCGCCCACUUAAGUCUGUCUGUAUACAUGUGACACACCUGCCCCCCCCCAGUAAAAAAUGGUCAGUAAAUGCAACACUAGCUUCUGAAGCCAGGGGGCGAUUCUAAGCGCUUUACUUCCUCCCCCUGCUGCUUCCUCUCCUGCGUGGACCGAGCACUCUUAUUUUGAAAGACAAACUAGUCAAUGACAACGAUUGCCCCCCCCACCACCACCCCAAUCAAUUGAGAAAAAAACGUUGAUUAGUUUAGGGUCACUUUGUCAUUUUGAAACAAAAUAAUUGAUUUAAUCUUUUAAAUUUUGUCGUCAUCAUUUUUUUUGUUAGGUUUUGACGUUGUGGUUUAUUUUUGCUUUGAUCACAUGGUUCGUCAUAAACCCGACGCUCCAAUCGGGUGGAAACGUGACCGUGAUUUGUACGUGUGCAAUAUUUUCCCCGCCCCCUCACUCAACAGCAACUGUCCAAAUUUGCAAUUUACUUUCCGAAACGCUUGUCUGGGCGCAGACCGAUGUAGCCGCCGAAUCAUGAGCAGCGGCAGAUUCUUCAGUUCCGUACGAAUGAAAACUUCUCCUCCAACAGCUAAACACGCUAAAAAAUAAGAAAAACAACUAAAAAUUCACCGUCUCCCCCCGCCACUCUUGUGAUUCUCAGUUUAAGUCUUUUGCCGUGAAAAGAUCGCGUUUGAAAGUCAUGACGUAACCACAUUGCGGUAACGUUGGGGCACGUGUCACUUCCACGCUGUGCGCCAGGUGGCGCCACCAUCUUCAGCCUCACGGGGCCAUGUUAAAUUGUUGUCAUUGUAGCGUAGAAUUGAGCUUUAGACACAAUAAAACAACAAGUAAUGUAGGUAAAAAGAAUGAGGGUUUUUUUGCACAUAAAUUAACGCAAAUAUAAAAGUCGGAUGUUUUGUUUUUCCUUGUUUUUACGAAUUUUACUGAACGAUAACGCUAAACGCUGUACGACUUCCUUCCUCGAAUGCGUCACAGAUUGUGAUGCACUACAAACGCUGCAUGUCGGAGGGUUUUAUAACGUUUCUGUUGAUUUUUACACUACAAUUGUUUGUUUUUGUUUGAAUUUUAACGUCUUUUUCCGAUGUUUUUUUUUUCCUCCAAACCAAAAAGUGAAAGUUUGUGUGUGUGAGACGAUAUAAAGGAUCAUGUGUUUUCACUGUUUGACGGCUGUACAUACACACGUCGCUACAACCUGAUUCAAAGCGUUUGCCAAUAAAUAAUAAUCCUAAUAAUAAUAAAACGUUACCUUUAAA